GAGCCAGCAACUGGCAGCAGUGCCUAUAUAUACACUGAUCCCGUUGCCUUCUGGGCCAAGAAAGGGCGCUGGCCAGAGGAACAGGACUGGCCAGAGGAAACCUCGUCGACAACUUCCACCAUAGACCGCCGCUACCUUCCGAGAAAGAAGUCCUCGUCCAAUCUGUCCCGGAAGCGAUCUAAUUCGGCUACAUCCACGACGCCCAGCGACCAGAAGCCGAGGGAGCUGAAGAGUGCGCCGUAUAAGGAUGCGCGAUAUCCGCUCCUGCUGCAGACCAAGGGCUCGUACAUGCGAGUCUCUGAGCUUGGUAUUACGGAUGGAAGCAAGCAGCUCAUCAGGAGCCUUCAGAAUGACGAGCAGUCGGCUCCACAGGGGACCCUUUUCGACGAUGAAAUCUUUUUGGAUGCUUGUUGCAACCUCGAGAAUAAGAAUGAGGCGAGGAUUAUCCAAGACAUCUCGAGGCUUAUCGUUCCUUCAGCGGAAUCUCUUGCACUCCGGAACAAGAACUAUAAAUUCCUUGUCGAGAGCGUCAAUGAAGGUUGGAAUAACUCAAUACCCCUGACCGGUACUCGCCCACAGCCUGACUACUCUAUUGGGUUUAAACGGGACGCAUUCACCAAGGACCAGCUUGACAAGCUGUCGCCCUUUAUUGGCGACUUGAUCACUGGGGACCAGUCCCUCUUCAUGGCCACAUACUACAUGUACUUCCCGUUCCUGACCUGUGAAGUGAAAUGCGGUGCUGCUGGGCUUGACAUUGCAGACCGGCAGAACGCCCACAGCAUGACGCUUGCGGUGCGAGGCAUUAUCGAGCUCUUCCGUGCUGUCAAGCGCGAGGAUGAGGUUAAUCGGAGGAUCCUCGCCUUCUCUGUCUCACACGACCACCGGUCAGUACGGAUCUACGGCCACUACCCGGUGAUAACUAGGGAAGAUAUCAAGUACUACCGGCACCCGAUUCGUACUUUUCACUUUACUGAAUUGGAUGGCAGAGAUAAAUGGACAGCAUAUCGGUUCAUUAAAAACGUAUAUGAUGUGUGGAUGCCAGCUCACUUUGAGAGCAUCUGCUCUGCUAUUGACCAGUUGCCGUCGGAUCUGAACUUUGACGUUCCACCGCUUUCCGAGGCAACCGGUCUUUCCCAGGAUUUGGGCAGCUUGUUGCAGUCAGAUGCCAGCUGCGCUUCUAUGCCGGAUGGGUGGGACAGCCAGUCGAGCAAUGGCGAGCAGCAAGCGGUCACUCCAGAUACCUCUUCUAGUGGAGUGGCAAAGAGGAGGAAAGGC